AUGGCUGCAGCGGCCAGAGGUGAAGGUGGUAUGAAUGUUGCAGGGCUUGCAACUUCAUGGGAGGAAUCCGCUGAUGUGCGCAACGUGGCCCGGGUUUAUGGUCUGUUGAUGAAAGUUCCUCCUGGUGCUGCCUUCUGCGACAGCAACCGUGCAAAUGCUGUUGCAAAUACCGCAACGCUUAUUCCAUGCCUGGAGCGCAUGUAUGCUAAUGACCUGAAGCUGCCCUACAUCUCCCCCUUGCAGGAUGAGGUAGAGCGGUUUUUCAAGCAGGUUCAUGUCAAGGCAGGUGAGAAGAUUGCUUAUCGAACAGCGGGUGAGAUCAAGAAGAUGCUGUCUUUCGUCAAGAGGAAGGCAAGCAAGAAGGAGGAGCACAUCGAUGCGUACAUGGCGGGAAUGAUGAGACUCAAGAGCGCGGACCGGGCACUCGAUGAGCAGUUGCGAUCACUCAGUAGCAGCAGCCUAGGUGAGAGCUCAUCGGCAGAUAACGGCAGCGAUGAGGCAGGUGAUACAGUCGAGGAGGAGACUGACAUCGAUGACUUUCGUCGUUGGCUUGAGGAGCAACCUCGAGGUUCGGCGGCCCCGUCGGCAACCACCGAAGCCCCGUCCGCGGGGUCAGAAUCCAGACCAGAAGCCGCAUCCCUUGUGUCAUCCCGAGAAGCCUCAUCCUCGGUGCCAUCCCAAGCAAAAGCCUCAUCCCCGGUGCCAUGCGAAGCAAAAGCCUCAUCCCGAUGCCAUCCCAAGCAGAAGCCUCAUCCCUCGUGCCAUCCGAAGCAGAAGCCUCAUCCCUGGUGCCAUCCCGAGCAGAAGCCUCAUCCAGGGCGCCAUCUCCGCCAUCCGAAGCAGCCUCAUCCGGAUCAGGGGCCCCAUCGUCAUUGUCUGUAG